UCUCACUUAGCCUCAAAAACGCUAUUGGGAGGAAACAGAAAAAACAGACCAAAGUCAAAGGAGACCAGAGGAAGAACAAGACAAAGCUGGUCAGAACCAGAAUAAAUCAACAGUAAAAGAAAGGUCAUUAAAAAGGAUGAAUGGUGAAAGUUUGGAGAAAAAGGACCCUUUUCCUGGUGAGGCUCCUAUACCACUUAAGCAACUCCAGAAGUUUCAGAGAGGAGAGAAAUACAAAGUGCCUGCAGGAGCCCGUGAAAGGCUGAAAGAAGCCAUUGCAAUCUCGGAGGCCAUGUCUGAACACGCUCAGAAACAGGCUGCGCGAUAUGAUCUUUUACUUCCAGAGGAUGCUGGCUUCCUGGAAGGAGAUGAGGAUGAAGACACAAACACAAUCUCUCAAGCUGACAUAGCAGAUGCAGUUGACAUCACUUCUGGAUCAAAGUACUUCAACUUGCAUCUUUCCCAGUUUGGCCCAUAUACCUCUCCCUACACCACUUCCAACAGGCAUCUUCUAGUGGGUGGAAAGAAAGGUCAUGUGGCCUGCAUCGACUGGCAAUCCAAAUGCCUCAUGUGUGAAAUGAAUGUCAUGGAAACGGUGAAUGGCGUCAAGUGAGUGCACCUCGAGGCCAUGUUUGCAGUGGCACAGAAGAGAUGGCUCUAUAUCUAUGACUCUAAAGGUGUGGAGCUCCACUGUGUGAAGAAAUUCAAUGACGUCUUAAGAAUGCAGUUUCUGCCCUACCACUUCCUACUCGCCACAGCGAGUGCCACAGGGUUUCUGCAAUAUCUGGAUGUAUCGAUUGGUAAAGAGGUUGCAGCUAUCUGCACAAAAAUGGGACGGCUAGACGUGAUGGCACAGAAUCCCCAUAAUGCAGUAAUCCACCUGGGCCACCCAAAUGGCACCGUUAGUCUGUGGUCGCCCAACCAGAAAGAGUCACUUGUAAAGAUGUUGUGUCAUCAUCGCGCUGCUCUUCCCUCAUCAACAGACAAAAAAACCACCACAUUAUCACCACAAAGUACUGGGUACAUGGUGACGUCCGGUCUAGACAGGAAGCUAAAGGUGUAUGAUAUCAGAGCUUUUAAACCUCUUCACUCCUGUUUCCUCCCUGCUGGAGCCUCCUGCUUAUCUCUAAGCCAGAGGGGACUACUCAGUGCUGCUACUGGAGAAAUUGUACAGGUUUAUCAGAACGUUUUGGGAAGCAAUCCUGUAUCCAAACCCUACAUGGCUCACCGCCUUCGAGGGCAAAUUUGGGGCCUUGCGUACUGCCCCUUUGAAGAUGUUCUGGGAAUUGGACAUGGAGAGGGCUUUACCAGCAUGAUAGUACCAGGUGCAGGGGAACCGAAUUUUGAUGCUCUUGAUACAAACCCAUACCGCAGCCAUAAACAGAGACAGGAGUGGGAGGUCAAGGCUCUGCUAGAGAAGAUGCAGCCUGAGCUGAUUGGUUUGGACCCUGGACAGCUGAGUAAAGUGGACCAGGCCAGCUUUGAGCAGAGGCACAAGGAACAAGUUGAAGCAUUGGGCUUUGAUCCAAAAGACAAAUUUAAACCAAGGACAAAGAAGAAAGGAAGAAGCUCGGCUGGUGCCAUAGAGAAUUUCUCUCUCUCUUCUGUCUCUACAUGA